AUGCAGUAUUUCUUCGUCUCUGGACCAGAUACCGGAAAAUCCAGAAGUUACAUUGGGCAGCAGUUGAGUGUACUAAAGACUUUAGAACUAGGCGAACUAAAAGUUUGGCUUAAUAAUGCAUGGAUAUUCAAUACCUCCUUUGAAAAUGGUUAUAUAAAUAGUAAUUAUGAGGCAUCACAUUCAUUUGAAGUCUUGGAAUUGGUUACAAAAUUUGAGAAUAGGAAAUUGGAUGAUGUUGCCGUAAUUUUAGUUGUUGAUGGAAUGCAUAACAUGAUGAACGAAUUUGAAAAUGAUGGAACUAAUCAAACAUCUCCAAUCGAAAUGUUUCUUGCAAUAUCAUCAAGAUUCCGAAAAUUCUUACCAAUUAUUUCUCUAAAGCCCCCAAUACUUACUAUUCCUGAUGGCAUUAAACAAGAUAUUUUUGAUAUGAACAAUUCGGUUAUAAAACUUCUUGUUGGCGAUUGCGGCGGUCACGAUAGAUCACUUGAGAUUUUAAUUCAAUAUCCUUUAACCUUUAAUUAUGAUAAUGAAGCAAAUCGAAGAAAGGCUAUAAUUAUGGAUACCUAUGGUUAUAGGUUAUGGCUGAAAAGUUUGCAGAUAGAAAAUACCACAUCUUAA